GGGUUCCUUGGAAGUGUGGCGAGAGAGGAGGUAAAGCAGAACUGUUCUCAACUUCGACAAGGAUAAGAAGUCUUUGACUCUAGCAUACGCCACUGAGUGCGACGAGCCGCUCGAAACCGACAGUGGUGCACAGAGACGGGACAAGGAACAAAAGUUAAACGUCAAAACUAUUUUUUAAAAUCAAAGUUUGGACGUGAGUUCAGUGGAUGUAAAGAUACCAUACCACUGCACGUAGGCUUACGCUGUUAAGAUUCAAAGGAAUGCAUUAUAUACGGGCAACAGUGAAACACCGUCUUCGGAGAUGUCAGCUCAACUUCCUUCUGUUGCAGGUUGUUCUUGGGAUGCAUAUUGCAACCGGAACUGACUUUCCCCCUGACCCUAGUGUGGUGGCCACUUCUACCUGGAACAUCUCAGAUGAAGCAGAAAAAGACCACUACCUGAGGCUGGAUGCCCCAAUGAACAACAUCACCACCUCGCUGGGCCAGACCGCGGAGCUGCACUGCCGUGUGUCCGGGAAUCCUCCCCCUACCAUCCGCUGGCUGAAGAACGACGCUCCCGUGGUGCAGGAGCCGCGUCGCAUCUCCUACCGGCCCACCGCCUACGGCUCCCGCCUGCGCAUACGCAACCUGGACACCACCGACACCGGAUACUUCCAGUGCGUAGCCACCAACAGCUUCAGCACCGUGUCCUCCACCGGCGUACUCUUUGUCAAGUUCGAUCCACUCCCCACCCCCAAUGCAGGAAGGCCUUCGCAAGAUGAGUAUGAUGAGGAAGGCUUCUGCCAGCCCUACAGAGGCAUCGCCUGCGCCCGCUUCAUCGGAAACCGCAGUAUCUUCGUGGACUCCUUGCAGAUGCAGGGCGAGAUCGAGACCCAGAUCACAGCUGCCUUCACCAUGAUUGGCACCUCCAACCACCUAUCGGACCGCUGCUCGCAGUUCGCCAUCCCCUCGCUGUGCCACUUCGCCUUCCCCGCCUGCGACCGGAGCUCGGGCGUGGACAAGCCCCGGGACCUGUGCAAGGACGAGUGCGAGAUUCUGGAGAACGACCUGUGCAAGACGGAGUACAUCAUCGCCCGCUCCAACCCCAUCAUCCUCAAGCGCCUCAAACUGCCCAACUGCGACGACCUGGCCGCCUCCGAGAGCCCCGAAGCAGCCAUCUGCAUGAGGAUAGGCAUCCCCAUGGCCGAGCCCAUAAACAAGAAUCACAAGUGCUUCAACAGCAGUGGUGCAGACUACCGCGGCACGGUCAGCGUGACCAAGUCAGGCCGGCAGUGCCAGCCCUGGAACUCCCAGUACCCCCACAGCCACACCUUCCUGGCCGUGCGCUACCCCGAGCUCAACGGAGGCCACUCCUACUGCCGUAACCCUGGCAACAAGCAGGAGGCGCCCUGGUGCUUCACCUUGGACGAGAGCAUGCGGAUGGAGCUGUGUGACAUCCCCGUCUGUGACUACAAGGACAGCCAUGGCGGCGGUGGCGGCGGCAGCAUGGAGAUCCUGUACAUCCUGGUCCCGAGCGUGGCCAUCCCCCUCGCCAUCGCCCUGCUCUUCUUCUUCAUCUGCGUCUGCCGGAACAACCAGAAGGCCUCCCGCCCGCCCGCGCAGCGCCAGCCCAAACCGGUCCGGGGCCAGAACGUGGAGAUGUCCAUGCUGAACGCUUACAAGCCCAAGAACAAAGCCAAAGAGCUGCCUCUGUCUGCUGUGCGCUUCAUGGAAGAGCUGGGCGAGUGCGCCUUUGGCAAGAUCUACAAGGGCCACCUGUACCUGCCAGGGAUGGAGCACGCCCAGCUGGUGGCCAUCAAAACACUCAAGGACUUCUCCAGCCCCCAGCAGUGGGGCGAGUUCCAGCAGGAGGCCUCGCUCAUGGCUGAACUGCACCACCACAACGUGGUGUGCCUCCUGGGCGUGGUCACCCAGGAGCAGCCCGUCUGCAUGCUCUUCGAGUUCCUCAACCAGGGCGACCUGCACGAGUUCCUCAUCAUGCGCUCGCCACACUCGGACGUGGGCUGCAGCAGCGACGAGGACGGCACCGUCAAGUCCAGCCUGGACCACAGCGACUUCCUGCACCUGGCCAUCCAGGUGGCCGCCGGCAUGGAGUACCUGGCCAGCCACUUCUUCGUGCACAAGGACCUGGCGGCCCGCAACAUCCUGGUGGGGGAGCAGCUGCACGUCAAGAUCUCCGACCUGGGCCUGUCCCGCGAGAUCUACGCGUCCGACUACUACCGCGUGCAGCCCAAGUCCCUGCUGCCCAUCCGCUGGAUGCCCCCGGAGGCCAUCAUCUACGGCAAGUUCACCACCGACUCGGACAUCUGGGCCUACGGCGUGGUCCUGUGGGAGAUCUUCAGCUUCGGCCUGCAGCCCUACUACGGCUUCAGCAACCAGGAAGUGAUUGAGAUGGUGCGCAAGCGGCAGCUGCUGCCCUGCCCCGAGGACUGCCCCCCCCGCAUGUACGGCCUGAUGACCGAGUGCUGGCAGGAGGGCCCCGCCCGCCGGCCCCGCUUCAAGGACAUCCACACCCGCCUGCGCACCUGGGAGGGGCUGUCCUCCCACACCAGCUCCACCACGCCCUCGGGGGGCAACGCCACCACCCAGACCACCUCCCUGAGCGCCAGCCCCGUCAGCAACCUCAGCAACCCGCGCUACGCCGGCUACAUCUACCCGGCGCAAGGCCUGGCGCCCGGGCAGAUCGGCUUCAUGGCGGCGCCCAUGGGCCAGAACCAGAGGUUCAUACCCGUCAAUGGCUACCCCAUCCCCCCGGGCUACGCCGCCUUCCCCGCUGCCCACUUCCAGCCGCAGGGGCCCCCUAGGGUGGUGCAGCACUGCCCGCCCCCAAAGAGCCGGUCCCCCAGCAGCGCCAGCGGGUCCACCAGCACUGGUCACGUGGCCAGCAUCCCGUCCACAGGCUCCAACCAGGACGCCAACACACCGCUACUGUCCCACUGCGUGGCGCUGUCCGGCAUGCCCCAAGGGCCAGUAUUCGGACACGUGAACCAGAAAGGCCUGCAGAUGGACCCCACGCAGACUGCUCUGCUAGCAGACUCCUCCAGACACAUGUACAGUGAAUCCGUCAUCACUGCCGAUUUGUAAAUAUCUCUUGAAUUUUUUUUUGUUUGUUUUUAAAGUUAUUAUAAUUAUUUUAACUUUCUCUUGUAAAUAUGAAAGCCUGAAUGAAAAUGCAAAGAUUUAUAUUCAGAAAUGUUUUAUAAUAAAAAAAGAAAAGAAAGCCUGUCGUAUUGUACAUUCUGAAGCCGCCCCACCCCCGAUGCCUUGCUGUGAAAACUGCGGUCCUUUGCCAGGUUUGCCUUCAACAAAAAUUGACGCUAAGCUUUUUGUGUGUACAUCAUCUGUGUCAAUACCAUGAACGCGUACUUUCAAUCUGUUAAAGUCUCGCCUUUUCAGGAUCUCAAAACAAGGAAAUUAAUGUUCUAUAAGGUUGACCUCUAAAGCUAUAAUUUAGGUUGACUGAGUCCUACAUUCUUUGCAAUACGUGUCUUAUAAGACCAUUGAUCUUAUAUCUUCUAGCAGUGUGAAUUAUCAUGAAAGGCAUAAAGUAAGACCGACUUCAGACGAAAUCUUAAGUGUAAGUGCUCAUAGUAGCACAAUUUCAAAUGGCUAAAUGAUGCAAUAACAUUGUUUAACACUUUAAUUGUUGAAAGUGUCAGUUUUCAAUGAGUUUAGUUCUGUCAAACUUUUAUGAUGAAAAAUAUGCCUUGAGACUACAGAAGUGCUUAAAAUGAUGUACCUGCAGCAAGAAAAUAUAAUUAGUUAGCAUAUAUCAAUCAGCUCUCCAGUCUGUCUUCCAGUAUAUGCCUUUUAGCUAUGCAAUAUGAAGCUCUUACUCAAUCAUUUGGUUUCUGUCUGCCUCACACUAUGAAAUGGGUCAAAUAGAUGUGUGUUCUCAAACAUACAAUAUCUUAAAAAUUCUAAAUGGAAUAAUAAAUAUGUCUGAUAUUAGGACUGGACUAAAACCUAAUAUGCACAUGCACACAGAUGUUGAAGAUACUUUCAAUUCUUUACAACAAACCUCUUCUGUACAGUAUAUUAGAGGACUUAUACAAGCAGCUAUAUUUCAUUGUUUAAAUGUGUUUGUUGCUAUGCAACUGUUGAGUACAAAGAUCCACACUACACCUGUAUUGUAGACAAUCAUUUGUUCAUCAGUUAUCAGGGUAUCAUGUAAAAAUGAAGCUUUUCAGAAAUGUUCCCAGCUUUUUGGGUGCUCAUCAUUACAAUGAUAUUAAAAUGCAUAAAUAAAUCAGACUUAUUUCAGAGGUACGGACAAGUUUUACAAGUUUUGUAAUAUUUUCAUUAAUCUUUGUCUUUGAUGUUUUUAAGUACAGAUCCUAGGUAUGUGCAGAUUAAUACAGGUAUUCUGAGUCAAAAUGUAUUUUGUGUGUGUGUGUGUGUGCGCGUGCAUGUGUGUGUGCUCGUGUGUGCGUGUGUACUUUCCUGUCCAAAAACCACUUAAACACAAGACUGUGAAUCUUGGUACUGGAUAUUUGUCUUUUGCAAGAUAUUUUCAUUGUGCUGUUUUUUUAGGACAGUUUCUAACUUGGAACCGUCUUUCCUAUGAUUUUGUAGAAUUCCGUCUACAAAUUUGAAAAGGUUUACAACAUUCAUAAUCUAUAGACCAAGAGGCCUUGUUUUGUAUUUCAGAGGAUUUUUUGCACAACUGUUUUGUAUGGUGAACAUAUGAUUAAAUUACAUUGUUACAUACAUUG